AUGGGCUGGACGUGGUAUCUGGCAAAUGACCUUCAGCUACAUUACGUGGUCGCUCCUAUCUUAUUCAUUUCUUUUGCCAAAAGUAUCCGCUGGGGAAUGUUGUUCGGAGGACUGAUGAUGGCAGGUUCUUCAAUUAUUCAACUGUGGAUUGUUCUUCAGAACGACUAUCCACCGGCUCCACUUCUCACCACUAAACUUCAAAUCGUGAAAACGCUGGAUGCCUACUGGAAAGAUGUCUAUGUGAGACCGUAUGUUCGUUGUGGACCAUUUAUUGUAGGCGUGACCGUCGGAUACCUUUUGAAUUUCUUGAGUUUAAACCGAAACGACACCGUCGUCAGAAUACCAAAGAAAUGGGUCCUGAUCGGGUGGACGUGCUCAACCAUAUUAGGCCUUUACUCAGUAUUCGGUUUGUAUGAAUACGCUCGAACCGGUGAUAUCUCAGAAUGGUGGAGAGCGUUAUACGUGAUUGCCGGAAGACAUUCCUAUGCUCUGGCGCUUGGUUGGGUCACA